AUGAGGGAGUUAAAAGCGGUAGUGCUGGGUAGUGGUGGAGUUGGAAAAAGUGCACUGACUGUAAAGUUUGUUUCCGGAAAAUUCAUUGAGAGAUAUGAUCCAACCGUGGAAGACUUCUACAGAAAAGAGAUUGAAGUUGAUGGUGAUCCAUCUGUAUUAGAAAUUCUCGAUACGGCAGGCACCGAACAAUUCGCCUCAAUGCGUGAUUUGUACAUUAAAAAUGGACAAGGUUUCGUGAUUGUAUAUAGUGUAACCAGUUCUCAAUCAUUUCUCGACAUCCAAACCAUGAAAGAUCAGAUUGUUCGUGUUAAACAUCGCCUAAAAGUGCCCAUUAUUUUGGUAGGCAACAAAAGAGAUCUAGAAGCCGAUAGAGAGGCUAAAAAAGUUGCAUACAAAGAUGGAAUGUUGUUGGCCCAACAAUGGGGAUGUCCAUUUGUUGAGUCAUCGGCGAAGAGUACACAUGAUGUCAAUGCUGUCUUCAUUGAGAUUGUCCGUGAAAUGACAACCGCCUCAACAUCACAAUCCUCACGAUGCUGUACAAUAUUAUGA